AUGGGCGAUGCUGCGCGCCCGAGUGAUGAAGAAUUCACUCAGGUCCUUGAGGAGAGCCUCAAUACAUGGACCUCCUAUCUGGGUGAACAUCCCCCGUUCCCCAGAGAAGCGAUAAACUUGGAAUCCCUCGUCAGUCAAACUCCGCCGUUUCUUGGUAGUGGCUUUGCUUCCUCUGAAGAGAUAUCAUUCGCCUGUGAAGAGAAGGAAUCGAUGCAGGGGAAGAGCAGUCUUGUCGUGCAUGGUCGGUCAACGUGGAGAACUUCCAAGGGGAGUUGUGACCUCCCGCCGAGGGUCCUACCAAAGCAACUACUACUGGCUACUGGUAAUCGACCAAGUGUGAAAUUGUCACAAGACUCGCCAUUUUCUGACUGGCCCGAGGUGCAAGGGCUCUCGGGAUAUGACAGAGGUAACUAUUUGUCAGCCCUUUACUUCGCAUGGGCCUAUAUCCUAUCGGCUCGAUGGGUUGAGCUGCUUGGUCGCUCUGCGGACCACGAAUGUCAUAUCGAGUACACCGCCCAGGGAGUGAAGAGUUCACUAUUUUCAGAUGAACAAUCCGUCGCUCAAAUUGACCUUGGCGAGAAUGCUUGCAUGGAAGAAGCUCUCUGGUGGUACACCAUUUUGCAUACUGAUAACUGGAAUGCGACCACUAAGUAUAAUAACCAUGUCUAUUUUUCGCCGUGGUUCAUAUCAGCAAAGGACACCGGGUUAGCCCUCGCUGGAGAGACUCCGGCUGUUACAGGGACCAAGCUAGAUCCGCCAUCAUCAGUUACCGCUCUCAAUUAUCUUUCCCGUUUUUGUGUACACCAUCGGCUUUAUGCGCAGUGCUCAGUCGCACUUGCUGGUGUCCUCUACAUCCCGCUCCUAGGCCGGAGAACAGUUACCCUCCCGUUUCCAAAACAGGCUCCUCAGCUGGAGCUAAAGGAUCGCAUAGGUGAUUCCACUCGUUCCGUUCCAGAUCUUCUCAACGGUCACGGCCAAAUGCUUCCCAGGUACAUGACGUUAAGUUCUAAUCCAUGGGGUCUACGCUCUCUACUACACAGCACCUUCUUCAAUCCAGAUGUCAAGUGUAACCUGGUCAGUGCUUGGUUAAAUCCAGCGUUCGCCGUUGUCAAUUCAGUCUCUUCAAAAGAUAGCUCUGUGGUCGCUUUGCUAGCAAAUCGACAACCUCAACUUGGUAUACUCUGGUUUGGGGCAACCCUAGUAGGCCUCGCAAAGUCUGUCUUGCGUGACAUACGAAUAGGAUUGAUGGCUCUGGAUCUUCCAGCUUCUGCCUGGACCGAAACGACACAGACAUUCUUGACUUCAGAGGUAGGGGAGAGCCAUGGUGAAUUGAUAUGUCGCGAUGACGAAUGUCGGCUGCUUUUCAUUACAUCUUCCGAAGGCCAUGAUCGACCUCCGGUCUGGACUUGGAAGCCCUUUGGGUUUACACAGCUUUGUGAUACAGAGCUCUCGGUCCGACAACAUGCGCAGUGUGCCACACAUUGUGUAGAAUAUGAAUCUUGGGAAUGGAUCUUGACAAACAGCAGUUCAAUUCUAAAUUCUGCAACAAAAAGAAGCAAGACUCCUAUCAAGGAACCAACAGCACACACAAACAAGACAUCGGCUGCUCUUGACGAUUAUAGCUAUGAUUUCUAUUCUCAGGAGCUUUCAGAAGGAGCCACACGUGGGAUAUUUGGAUGGCUUAGAUCGACAGGGUAUCCUCGCAGCGAAAGGAACAUAUACCAGCAUUCCUGGUUCGACUUGGAAGACACUGACGAGGAAGAAGAGCCUGACGAUGCGGAAUCAGACAUGGAACACGUACAAUGCUCAACGAAUAGUCGUGUUGACAGCUGGCUUGAGAGCAUCGAAUAG